UUGGCCGGGCCAAUGGCGCGCGCGGAACGGCGGGCGACCGAGGCGACCCUAAGGAGCGCUCGAUCAAUCAGGAGGCACGAAACGGCAGCAUGGUCGGUCGGGGGGGCAGCUCGUUAUCGCCGUAUAUAACACGGCCCCCCCUCGAUACCUCGGCGCAGUCGCCUUUCGCUCGUCUUCGAGGUGAGUCAGGUCCGCACCUCGGUAUUGGAGUACAGCGGGCACUCCGCGGAGGAAUCAGACGUCGCGCAGUUUUUGGAACGACGAUUUUCGCAGAGGCGUCAGGUGAAUCUCGACUUCCGGCGAAGUAGUGACAAUAUAGUCUCAGUGAAAGAAAGAAAGUAAAAAAAGAAAGAAAUAAAGAAAAAAAAUAAGGAGAUCGAUCGAACGAGUGUUUUUAAGUGCGUAUCACCUCGUCGAGGAUGAGGUUGUUGUUGUUGUUGCUGAGAUAAACGAUUGAUAUUGUUCCCGUUCGGUAAUCUGUGAACAGUUCGGUAUAACACACAAUAAUACGCGCGCAGAGUGUUCGGAAAAUCGGCUCGUCCAUCCAAACUCCGAAGAGACGAAAUGCAGGGGUACCAGGGCAGCUUCGGACAACAGCAGGAGCAACGGGACCACAGGGAACGCGAGGAGACCAUCGUCGUAGAUUUGGUACCACCGCAGUGCCAGCUCAGCCCUCCGAACAGUCCGCCUCCUACGCGUCCCUCUUCCGGCGGAGGAUCUUCGUCGAAAAUGCACGAAUCGUCGCCGUCGCAUCAGCACUCUCAUCAGCAGCCGCCGAUCCCUUCGAUGGAUUCCAACAUACGGAGAUAUCGUACGGCUUUCACCAGAGAACAGUUGGCUAGAUUGGAGAAAGAAUUUCACCGUGAGAAUUACGUCAGCAGACCCCGUAGAUGCGAAUUGGCGGCGCAACUUCAACUUCCGGAAUCCACCAUCAAGGUCUGGUUUCAAAAUCGUCGCAUGAAGGACAAACGUCAGCGUCAAGCAAUGGCCUGGCCAUACGCGAUGUACGCCGAUCCCGCGUUGGCCGCCACUCUUCUAGCCGCGGCUACGGCCUCCCUUCCGCCUCCCCCUUACCACAACCACCACCACCACCACCAUCACCACCAGCUUCAGCACCAGCAGGCCGGUCUGCCCCCCACCUCGCACCUCCAGGGCGGCUCGCCGCCCGGCUACGGACCGGCGGCCGCGGCCGCGGCCGCCGCCGCCUAUUACGCCGCGCGUUACGCGCCUUAUCCGACGCAUCCGGCGCACCACGCGGCGCAUCCGGCGCCCAUCCAUCGACCCCACAUCCAGGUGCCGACGACCACCGGGACGGCGGCCGCCGCCGCCGGCGGUUAUCCCUCGUCCGCGGGUCUUCACGCGCACGCGGCCCUCUCCCAUCAGCUGAUACAGAGCCACCAUCACCACCAGCAACAGCACCAGCUUCCGUCGCCCUCGUCGGCCGCGGCGGCGGCCGCGGCCUCCGCGGUGCUCGCUCCGUCGCUCCACUUUCCGUCGCCGCUCGGUCUGCCCUCGUCACCGCCGAAUCCGUCGCAUCCGGUUUCGUACGUCACGCCGCCGCCGGGGACCCCCUCGACCACCUACAGACCGGAACUGAGCAGUCCCGCUCACUCGGACACGUCGUCGAGCGAGUACGAGUGCGGCUCGGGCGGAACCAAUCAGAGUGCGCCGUCCCACGCGCAGCACCUGGGCGACAGAGGAUUGGCCCUCAAGCUACCGGCCGCCCUUCAGAUAAACUUGCCCACGCUGACGGGCAAGAGGGAGGUCAUGAGGACCAUCCGGAGCGCCUUCGAGAACAAACUUUACGUACAGGGGAACGCUACGGCGGCUCAAACCCAGACGCAGACCCAACUGCAGAACGGUACAGGUGGCAACGUCACCACCAAAAUCGAACCACCGAAAUUAUUUCAACCUUACAAAAAUGACAUUACCGAAAAGGCGUGAAGUAAUUCGUAUUACAUACAUACACACAUACAUACACACAUAGUUAUAUUCAUUUAAAACAAAUAUCUAUAUACAUAAUUGUGCCAAAGUGAAUUUUAUUCUGACCAAAGUUCAUUAUCAUUAUUAUUAUUAUUAUUAUUAUCAUUAUUAUUAUUAUUAUUAUUGUUUUCAUCAUCGUCAUCGUCAUCAAUGUCGUCGCUGACAUUUUGUAAAUAUAAGCGUACGUGUAUCGUUAUUGUUAUUGUGAUUAUUGAAAAAUGAUUUUUUUAUUGGCUGGACUAAACCUCUGGGCGUAAUAUUAUUUCACACACACACACACACACACGUUAUACGCGUAAACGAUGUCCUCGAGUCGUGAAUAAAUCAGGGAGAAUGAGAAGAAAAAAAUCAGGCACUCCAUCAUUUUUAUUAUUUGUACAGUUUCACUUAAAUUAUUCGAUUAAUUUUAAGACGACUAAACUUCGCAGAUAGAUUAUAUAUAUAUAUACCUGUAAAUUGACGAUUUGUAAAUAUUGUAAUUAUCAUUCACGCCAUUUUGAUUCUAGUAAUUUUUCACCUUCUUAUUAUUGUAGAUAUUAUGAAUAAUCAUUAUUAUUAUUGUUAGUAAUAACAGCGUUUUAAAAAAAAAAAGAUUUUUUGUAAAAAGUACAUAUUAUACUUACCUGUUGCGUAUCGGUAUACAUAUAGUGUAUGUAUACUGCGUACACACCAAUAAUAAUUAUAUUAUAUUGUAUAAAGAUUUGGAGAAAGAAAAAAAAAA